GAAAGGUUGGAGUGACUGUAAUUGUGACAAAGCAACAAUGUCUUCAGUUGAGUAUUUGAGAGGGUUUGUCAGCGAGAGACUAACUGCUGCUGCUGAAGAAAUAUUGGGAGUUUUUGAGAAAACUAUCGUCGAGUACGAGAAAGAGAUCGACCGUCAGCGCAGACUGUUGGAUAUAGUUUGGAAACCGGAAGUAAGGUUAUACAGGACAGAGCUCCCACAGCAAGAUGUGUGUAAGGAGGAGGAGGUUGUCGCUGAGCAGCAGCUCUGUAUUGAGGAGAGGAGCUCCAGUGUGGACCAAGAGGAGCCAGAGCCUCCACAGAUUAAAGAGGAAGAGGAGGAAGUGUGCAACAGUCAGGAGGCAGAGCAGCUUGAAGUGAAGCAGGAGACUGAGACCUUUCUAGUGACUCGUAGUGAUGAGGAAAGUGAGCAGCAGCUCCUCUGUCACAGCUCUCAUGGAGCUGAGAGUGAAGAUGAGGAAGGAGACGAGCAAGGAGACUCAACAUCAAGUGGAGAAGCAGAGCCAGAACAACAGAGUCAACAUCACAAGCGCAGAAGUCACACUAAGCGUGUAGACAACCCCAACUUAUCAGAGACUGAUCAUAAUACUCACACAGGUAAAACACCUUUUAAAUGUGACACUUGUGGGAAAAGUUUCAAGUUUAAGUGUCAUUUUAAACCACACCUGAGAAUCCACACAGGAGAGAGGCCGUUUAAAUGUGAGACAUGUGGGAAAGGAUUCACUCGGACAAAUGAUUUGAAAGCUCAUGCAAGAAUCCACACAGGUGAGAGACCAUAUUCUUGCAAGACCUGUGGAAAAGAUUUUCGACGGAAUAAUGCCUUGUUAGUCCACAUGAGAAUCCACACAGGUGAGAAGCCGUAUUCUUGCAAGACAUGUGGAAAGGAUUUCAGAUGCAGUUAUCAAUUGUUACUCCACAUGAGAAUCCACACAGGUGAGAAGCCAUAUUCUUGCAAGACAUGUGGAAAGGAGUUCAGACGCAGUUGUAAUUUGUUGGCCCACACGAGAAGAGCCUGCACCAGUAAGAAUCUGUACCUUUGCAAGAUCUGCGGGAAAAGAUACUUUGAUGAGUCUCAUUUGAUAAACCACAUGAAAUCACAUACAGGCAAGUAGCCUUGUAUUUCAGAAAACAUAUAGGAGACAAUUCAGUUCUCAUGGCUCAUGGUUUAAAUUCACAGGAACUCAGAGAAGUGAGGAGCCACAGAAUAAUAGCAUGUUGAAAAACACACUUGAAAAACCUCCUAACACCACUUGCCAUCUCGGGUCUUGUCUUUUUUUGUGUGUGUGAUCUUUAAUUUGAUAUUUUUUUGGUAUUUUGUAAAUGCAUCAACGCCACAGCUGACUACAAACUAAACUGUGGAUGAUGUACUCCAUGGUGCUGUCAACAGAUCAGCUUAUGCAGUAGUAAUGAAAAGUGAAUGAAUAUUAAUGAUCUGUGCCCAAAGACAUGUGUUCUCUUUUUUAACUCAUCUAUGUAUCCAAACACUAAAGCUUUGUGUUGUGAUGAUUUAACAAUAAUAAACCCUCUAGAGGUGUUGGAUCACUUACGUUUUCAUCCUGCCUACCAGUUCUUUUUUUGUCUGCAGCAUUUCUCUGAGCUGUGUAUUGUCAUGUAUUAUGGUUGGUAAUGUGUUUAGAAGAGACAGGGGAAUAGGACGAGGGGGUGGAUUAUUGGUUUAUGUAAACGACUGUCUAAAGUGUAAAUUAAUUGAAUGGCCAGCAGAAAUAGAUAUUGAAUGUAUUGGUCUCAACAUAACUAUUUCGCCUGAAAUGUCUUUUACUUUGAUAUGUCUGUACUGACCUCCUUCCUCUAAAAAUACAUUUUAUGAUCAACUUCAAACUAUU